GGUCUGUUGUGAAGAGACCUGUCGUUAUUGUAUGAAUUUUAUUGUGAAUGAAUUUUAUUCAGUUAUUGUGGUGUCGAUUUUUAUUGUUGAAUUAAAUUGUGUUGCAAUUCCAUUACUUUCUUUAGACUUAAAUACGUUUUACUCGGAUUUUCACUGAACAAUAUUAUUGUGAACUGUGAUCGAUACAUUGCAUUUAUCUUCAGAUAUUCUGGUUUAUUUCUUCGCAAAUGAAUAUCCAUCGAAAAAUGAGAAGACCGUAACAGUUUUUGGCCAGCUUAACAUAUAACAGGCACCAUGGAGGAGCGGGAGGCGGAGGGCGGGGCGGGGGCGGAGGGCGUGCCCGACAUGACCAUGAUGCCGGAGAUCACGGAGCACGCCAUCAACGACAACCUGCGCCGCCGGUACCUGCGAGACCUCAUAUACACAUACACCGGGUCUAUCCUGGUUGCGGUCAACCCAUAUAAGGAGUUGGGAUGUUAUAACACGGAGCACAUGCAAAACUACCGGGGCAAGGCGUUCGGUAGCCUACCUCCACACGUGUUCGCGCUGGCAGAAUCCGCUUACAGCUCGUUACAGAACGGCGAGAAGAACCAAUCGGUGGUGAUAUCUGGCGAGAGCGGCGCGGGCAAGACGGAGACCACCAAGUUGAUCCUGCAGUACCUGUGCGCGGCCGGCGGCCAGGCCUCGUGGGCCGAGCAGCAGAUAUUGGAGGCCAACACCGUGCUCGAGGCGUUCGGUAACGCGAAGACGGUCCGCAACGACAACUCGUCCCGUUUCGGCAAGUUCGUGGAGGUGCGACUCGACCACCGCGGCGGCAUCCGCGGCGCCGUGCUGCGCGACUUCCUGCUGGAGCGAGCCCGCAUCACCGGCCCUGCACCACGAGAGACUAAUUAUCACGUGUUCUACCACCUGGUAGAAGGCGCCAAGCACAACGCGGAGCUCCGCAACACUUUACGGCUACGCGACGGCGUGCAGUUCACGUAUCUGCGGCCGGAGGAUGCGCAGGCGCAGGCGCGGCGCGAGGCCGGCCAGCUGGAGGCGCUGCAGUUAGCGCUGACAGUGCUGCAGGUGCCGCCGCACAUGUGCGAGGGCCUGUUCAAGGUGCUGGCCGCCAUACUGUGGCUGGGGAAUAUACAGUUCCAGGAUGUGGACGGCGAGCGGACGACGCUGGCGGCGGAGGACAGCGAGGCGGUGGAGGCGGUGGCGAACCUGCUCGGCCUGGCCCCGCCCACCGCGCGCCGCGUGCUGCUCGAGCGGCAGAUCAACGUGCGCGGCAACGUCACCGAUAUACCGCUGCGGUUGCACGAGGCGCGCGAGAACCGUCACGCGAUGGCGCGUGCAUUAUACGCUCGCACGUUCGCGUGGCUCGUCCGCCACGUCAACAGCUGCUCCGCACCGGGGCGGGGCGCGCGACGCUCGCUCGGCGUCCUCGACAUAUUCGGCUUCGAGAACUUCGCUAGCAACUCCCUAGAACAGCUGUGCAUUAACUACGCCAACGAGAAGCUCCACAUGUUCUUCAAUAAUUAUGUCUUCGCGUUGGAGCAGGAGAUUUAUCGACAAGAAGGCAUCGUGUACAAGCAGAUCCAGUUCACGGACAACGCGGCAUGUCUCGAGCUGCUGGAGAAGCCGCCGCGGAGUCUGCUCAAGCUGCUCAGCGAACAGUGCCACAUGCCCAAAGGAUCAGACGGCGCAUACCUCACUAACAUUCAGGGCGAGUUCGGCGAGCAUCAAAGCUUCGUGAAGGGCUCGCGUCGCAAGUGGGAGGAGGAGUUUGGCGUGCAGCACUACGCGGGUACCGUCACGUACAGCGUGCACGGCUUCGUAGACAAGAACCGCGACACGCAGCAGGACGCCUUCAUAGACCACCUCAGCCGCUCCGCUAACCCCUUCGUGAGGGAGCUGGCUGACUACGUGCAAGAUCUGGCGCCGCCUGGACACGACAUGUCAUUAUCUAGUCCUGGUACGAGCACGACGCAGCGCGGUACGUCCAAGGGCCGCCCUACCGUCGUCGACACCUUCCGCGCACAACUGCAGUCGCUUGUCGAUAUGCUGCAAGCUACUGAUGUGUGGUACGUACGCUGCAUUAAACCCAACGAGCACAAAGUAGCCGGUCAGUACAGCGAGCAGCUGGUACUGGAACAGCUCCGGUACCUCGGCAUGGACGAGAUCGUGCGUAUACGCCGCGACGGAUACCCGGUGCACCUGCCCGCGCCGCUCUAUUGCGCGCGCUACCGCUGCCUGCUGCCGCACCCGCGCCCCGCCCAGCCUGAUGUCACAGCAAUCAUGGAGCUAGUAAAUGCACCAAAGAACGACUGGCAAAUAGGAAAGACGAAAAUAUUCAUGAGGAGUUCCGUUCAUGGCCCUCUCGAAGCCAAAAGAACUGCGCUACUACAAAAUUCUGCGUUGCGUAUACAAAGAUGGUAUAAGGGCAGCGUGCAGCGUCGCUCGUACGUGCGGUGCCGCUCCGCAGCGGUGGUACUCCAAGCGGCGUGGCGCGGCUGGUGCGAGCGCACCGCCUUCCUGCGUCUGCGUCGCGCCGCGCUCACGCUACAACGCCAUCUGCGCGGUGCGUUCGCACGUGAAGUCGCGACCGCGUUGCGCGAGAUGCGACGCGUGAAUGACGAGAUGAAGUUGCGAGAAGAAAGGAACAGUAUGGCGGAGAAGGCGGAGGCGGAGCGUGCGCACCUCGAAAGCGUGGCGGAGCGCGUGCGCGUGGCGGGCGGGCGCGACUCGCUCGGCCUCGACAACCUGUUCGACUUCCUCGCCGACGUGCCGGAACGCGGCGCGCCGGACGGACAGCCCGCACGUGCGCCGACGUUGGCGGAAAUUGACGCGUCCAUGGAGCGGUUAGCUACGGAUUUGCACCAGGAGCUUGAACACGUAUUAGCCGAAGAGAUGAACGACAUCGGUAAACACACCGAGGACCAGCGGAAACCGGACGGUGCUCCAUCCGAGGCGAUCCCUCCGUCCCCUCCCUCGUCACUCCCGCUCAAAUCGAUCCUGCACCCCGCUACCCCAGUCGGCAGCAACAGUAUGACGUCAUCGAUCAUGAACGGUUCCCUGUCAAAUGGUUUAUCGCCAAAGGAGCCCUCGACAAACGGAGACUCUAUGUCGUCGUCGUUGAUACUCCCCCCUCCCCCGCUGGUUGAAGAUAUGGGGGAGGAGUCCCCCAUGUUCCCCUCCCCGCCCGCCUGUACGCUGCCCGAGCCGGCUGGGCCACCGCCGCCGCCGCCGCCUGUUGCAAAAGAAGCAACGCCGCCUGAGUUGACAAACGGCGUGAUACCGAACGGCAAGAUAACCAAGCCAGUCAUCAGCGGCAAGGAGCCGAUAUACGAAUCUGUCAUUCCGCGGCCGAACGGCGACGUGCCGGUGACGUCACCGCCCGCGCCGCCCGCCGCUCCCGCCCCGCCCCCCGCACCGCCGGUGCCUAUUAUCACAAAUAGUAAUGGAUUCCAUGCGAAAGAAAUUGAACCGGAACCGGAAGCACCGCUGCCGCCAUUACCGAGCGCGAUGACGUCACCAGAAGUGAUCUCCCCACCGCCUUCCGACUCGUGUAUGAGCCCGCCGCUAACGCUCAACGGGGAUAACUCUGAACGCAGCGCGCGUCGUAAAGAGCGCGUGGAGCGGCGACUCAACCAAAUGGAACAGCCAGCCGCGCCCGAGCAGCCACCGGAUACCACAAACGACAUCAAAGAGUUCGCCAAGAUGUACUUCAAUGAUCACCCGCGAUCGCCUGAGGGUACCAUAAUGGCGACGCUCACGCGUAAGAGUAAGUCUAUGGAGUUGCUGACGAAGGAGGAAAUGAUAACUUACCACAAGGGCAACAACAUCCCGACGUCACACAUACAACUACACGACCCGGAUUGUGUCACUGCUGCCGUCAAUAUUUUCAGAGACCUAUGCCGCUACAUGCGAGGCGAGCUAACAGCUGACAAGGAGACACAAGUUAUACAGUCGAUUAUAGGCAAGGGCCUGGAAAGGGAGGAACUGAGAGACGAAAUACUGGUGCAGUGCGUCAGACAGGUAACGGAGUGCCCCGUGGAAGAGUGGGCGGAGCGAGUGUGGCUGAUCCUGUGCCUGUGCGCGGUGGCGUGGCAGCCGAGCCGCGGCCUCGCCCGCUACUACUGCGCGUGGCUACGUGCCCGCGCCGUGCUACCCUCCCCCCGCACGACGCUCGCGCCCCCCUCCCCGCGCUCGCCCGAAGCCACCAGCGCCCGCGCCGCACACUGCGCGCAGUGGUGCCUGGAUAACUGUAGGGGGGCGGCGCCGCGACAACUACCGCCCAGCACGGUGGAAAUUGCUGCCAUGCGUCGUCUCGGCACCAUAGUAUGCCGGUUCUUCUUCUUGGACGGUCGGACGAAGGCCAUCGACGUGCACCCUGCGGAUACCGCGGCGGCGGCUGCGGCGCGACUCGCGGAUAAACUGGGACUCGGUGCGGGCGCGCGAGCGGGCUGGGCCGUGUACCAGCAGCGCGGCGCCGCGGACGAGCACGUGCGAGCGACGCACUACCUGUAUGACGUGAUUGCGGCUUGGGAGAUGCAGCAAGGUCCAGGCGGUGGCUCCGCGGACAACAGGUUCGUGUUCAAGCGGCGCCUGUUCCGCGGCGGACGCGAGUUGCCGCACGAUCCUGUUGAAGUGGCACUGCUGUACGCACAGGCCGUGCAUAGUGUUGUAAAGCUGGACGAGUUUCCGGUAUCGGAGAAGGUGGCUCUGCAGCUGGCGGGUCUGCAGGCGCAGGUGGCGCUGGGCGAGCCCCCGCCGACUCCGCCCCCGCCUCACACGCGGGCCUACUACGCCCAGCCCGAACAGUUCCUGCCGCCAAGGAUAGCUAAGACGCGAUCGUCGCAUCAGUGGGCCACGAUCCUAGCUCAGGCGCACCGGCAGUACGGCGCGGGGCGGGCGGAGCUCACCGCGAAGGCGCUGUAUCUGUCGUGCGUGAUGCAGUACCCGCUGUACGGGGUUACGCUCUUCCCUGUUACGUAUAAGGGUUACUGGGCUCACGGUCCGAACGUGCUGCUGGGCGUGGGCUCGGAAGGCGUCGUGCUGGUGCGGCCGGCAGACAAGGUGGUGCUGGCGGAGUACCCGUACGCCAACAUUGCCGCCGUGCUGCUCGACCCCGUCGACAACGGCCUCACGCUCAGCCUUACUCAUCACGGCCAGCACGAUGGCCUGAGAUGCAUAGUGCUGGAGUGCGCGGCCAAGAGCGAGGCGGCGUGGCUGAUGGCUGCGUACAGCCCGAGCCUGGGCAGCGGGCUGAGCGAGGAGGGCGGGCGACGUGCGCCGGCGCCCGAACGGGCCCGCCUCGCGUCCGCGUUGCGAGCAGCACGCCGCGCGCUAGUCGACAGCGCGCUGUUACGUCGCCCAACCGACGCCUCCGCCUCGGGCUUCCUUCGCAACACGCUGCGCCGCCUCAGCAAGCACCGUCUCGACCGAGUGCGCCUCGACGUCGCCGCCGACCCCCAGGCCGAGACCUACAAGGGCUUCCCCGCCUCCUACUGGUGCUGGGCGCGCUCCAUCCCGCACAGCCUCACGCGCCUCAACGAGGCCGAGGAGGUCGCUGCCAUGCAAAUAUUCAAGGACAUAAUGAGUCACGCGGGGCUGACCGGCAACGAGGGCAGCACGAGCAACCUCGCCAACAACAACAGCUCCGGCAGCGCCGAGGGCGAGGGCGAGGACCGCGUGGCGCUGGCGCAGGCGCUGCUGCAGCGCUGCCUGCAGAAGGACACGCUGCUGUGCGAGCUGUACGCGCAACUCAUCAAACAGACCACGGAGCACCCAGAGCCGGGGUCGGCGGUCGCGGGGCGGCACUGGGCACUGCUGUGCGCGGCCGUCGGCGCCGCGCUGCCGCCCGCCAAGCCGCUGCGGCGGCUGCUGGUGGCGCACCUGCGGUACCGCGGCGCAGCGCAGGGCGGCGAGGCGGGCAAGUUCGCGCGGCGCGCCGAGGCCGUGGCGCUGGCGACGGCGGGCGUGGGCCGGCGGCUGGCGGCGCCGUCGCGCGAGGAGCUGCUGUGCGCCGCCGCCCGCCGCCCACUGCACGCGCGCGUGCUGCUGCUGGACGGCAAGCAGCACGGCCUGGUGUUUGGGCCCGCCGCCACCGCCGAUCAUCUGAUCGCCAUGCUCAGGGACAAGAUCGGACUCACUGACUCUGCCACUGGUUACGCGUUAUACGAGGUGUGCGCUAACUCGAGCCCGGCGGGUGCGGGCGAGCGCGCUCUGGCGGGCGCGGAGCGGGUGUGCGACGUGCUGGCCCGCUGGGAGAAGGCGGGCGCCACCGCCGCAGCUUGCAGGUUGGUGUUCAAGAAGCGUCUGUUCCUGGGCGAGCGGCCGCUGCAGACGUCGUGCGCGGCGGAGAUGGAGCUGCUGUACUACCAGGUGCUGCACGCGGUGCGACACGACCGCCUGCCCAUUGAGACUGAUGAGGCUGUGAUGCUAGCGGCUCUACACGCACAAGUUGUGUCCGGCGAGUGUAACGGGGAGGAGUGCGCGGCGGCGGCGGGCGCAGUGCUGCCGGCGCGGCUGGCGGCGCUGCCCGCCCCCGCUGUCCGCCUCCACCACCUGGCGUUACGCGGCACGCCCCCCCACGCGGCCAUGCAGCGGGCACUCACUCUCGCCAGCUCCUGGCCCCUCACCAGAGCUACUAUCUUCGACGUCAUGCAAUCGUUCACAUCAAACUGGCCGCGCGCGCUGUGGCUGGCGGUGGACGCGCGCGGGCUGACGCUGCUGCGGCGCGGCUCGCGAGCGGCGCUCGUGUCGCACGACCACGACCAGCUGCUCGCCGUGUCGCCGGCGCCGCGCGCGUUGCUGCUCGUCACGCGCGCAGACGCCAAGCACGCCAAACUCGUGCUGUCUACGGAUCAGGCGUACCAGAUAGCGACGUUGAUAAAGGACUACAUCGAGGCUGUGCGCGGGCCGGUGUGGCCGGCCGCUCCCACCCCCGGCGCCCCCGCGCCCGCCGCUUCCUGACACCCGCACACCUAGUGCCAGUGCUUCCACGUCUCGCAUUAGACGCCGUACGUAGCGCCAGCGGGCAUGCACGCACAUUGGCGGGCGUGCACGCAGAGUAACACGUACGCACGGACGGCCGACAUCACGGAUAAAUGGCAUGCGAUUCCACCUGUUACUUUCGUUACUCCUAUUUUUAUAGGUUGUAUUUAUACCAAAGUAUCGUACUAUAUAAGAGAUAACUUUGCAUUUUAGCAGUUUUUUGCUGUUGAGUGUUGGUCAGUCAGAUGAUAUUGAUAUUGACACUAUGUAAUCUCAUUUAUGAACUACAUGUAUUACGUGUUUGUUCCGAUCUUUGAAUUAAGAUGCUUUUUUAAAUUGUAAAUUAUUAUUUCCAUGACAAAGAUGAGUAAUCUACAUACUUUAUCGAUGUGAACAAUCUAGGGACGUCGUCUCGUUAGAUUAUCUCUAUUAG